UAACUCACAACGUGUACGAGAGCUUGGGGGCGUGGUGUAUUAUGGGAAAAGGAAACUGUAGUUAAAUCGGUUCUAGCUUCCUUAUUGAAAAAGGGCAGCACAAAAAGACAUUUUUGACUGUAUCACAAAGGUAUCGGCUACUAAUGUCUGAAGGAAGGAUGCCCAAGAUUCUCCCCUCUGACUCCGAAGGCUUCAGCUCGACUCCCGUCAAGACUAGCCAAGAUAAAGACGUCCACACAGCCAAAUAUUUGGAUAACGGCGUUGUGUCUGACGAUGAAGAUACCUUUUCGCUGCUUUCUCCCAUCUAUCAUGACAGCGAUGAAGAGGAGCUGAAGUACACCACAGAUCAGCAGCCCUCACCCAGACACAGCAAGGACUGGAGGCUCUGGGCAACACCAGCUAGAUGUGAGCUGCCUAGGACGCCUUUAAAGAAGAAGCAGAGUGUACCUUUGCAGCUUGCAGGCUCACCUCCACUCAGUGCAUGGGAGGUCUGGCUGGUGAGCAAAGCUAAGAAGGAUCAUCUUAAGCUGGAAAGGAAAGCAGAAGAGGACCGCUUGCUUAGAGAAAAGGAAGAACAACAAGAAAGAGAAAGAGAGCAGAAGAAACUUGUCAUGGAAGAGAAGAUCCGAGAAUGGUUAAAAACUAAAAGAGAGCGAGAAAGGCAGGAGCAACUUGUAAAACAAAGGCAAGAGACGGAGGAGAUGCAGAGGCAGCAGGAAAAACAAAGGGAGAUUGAAUGUAAAUCCCAACAGAAAUACAGAGACUGGCUGCAAAAGAAGAACCAAGAAAAACUUGAAAAAGAAAAGAAGGAGAAGAUGGAAGCUGCCCUGAAGGAGGAGCAGGAGAGAGAGCGCCGCAAGAAGGCAGAGGAGAAGUUUAAGGAGUGGCUGACGAAAGCCAACGAGAAAAUCAGAGCUGUUCCCAAAACACGCUCUUGGUCUGCAAGCCCCUAUGAGAAUUUACACCCAGCACCCAGCUUCUACAAUCCAAUCCCCUGGAAGCCGAAUCAUAUCCCUCCUCCACAAACAUCUCCAAACAAAACAUCUGAGAGGAAACCACAAAGGCAGAAAAAAAUUAAGCAAAAUCCACCCUUUACUUAUAGACAAAGAAACACAGCCAGCACGACACGUUUUCUGAACAGAAGAUGACCCAAACAGCUCUGUGAUGCAGAGAGCUUAGACACUCAUGACUCAUGUAAACCAGCACAGCUCUUUCAAGAAAUCUCUGCUGAGUCAUGAAAGGACUUAUGUUCUCUAAGUACCUUUGCUGUAUUUACUUGUUUCUAAUUCAUUCACUUAGCUUACGACAAAUCUGAGUAAGUUUUAUUUUUAAAUUAAGUUCUGAAAGUAGUUAAUUUUUUAUACUAAUACUUAAUUGUUCUUUUAUACCUUUAAAAAAAAUAGUGACUAAACAUCUACAGCUUUGGCAUGUAUUUUAAUAGUCUGUUAAAGGAUCAGUUCAUCCCGUUUUAAGUAAAAUAAGUAUGAUCAA